CGCGGGCCCGCCGGCCGCCCGCGGCCCGCCCGCGACGCGCCCGCGACUCGCUCCGACAUUCUGUCUUCCCCUCGUCGUCAUUCUGCACGGCCGCUUCGGCUCCGUCGGCGAGCGCACCUCGGGCUUGUGUGAAGUACGCCCGCUGGAGGCCAGGACGGCACCGCCGCAAUGGGAUUCCGGGAGCUCUCUGCCGUGUCCGUCGUGACCCUGGCUGCGGUGUCCGCCGUGCAUUUUGGCUCCACCAGCUUCGCCGUCGGCCAGGGCUACAGGCAGCAGGUCGGCUCUGCCGAGGUGCGGCGCGCCGUCGUGCGGCCGGGCUCGGAUGCGCCUCUCGGCGCCCCCCUCCAGGGGUCUCUCGGCACCAACGGCCUCCUCGGCUUCGGCGUUGCCUUCGGCGUCGCGUUCGCGGCGAUGACCAGGUCGGUGACCCGCGUCUCCCGGCGCGCUGAGGGCAAGGAGAUCGAGGUCGCGGAGAAGGGCGGGGCGAUCACUGGUCCCGCGUACCUGGAGGGGAUCCCGCGCUCCCUUGUCGACAAGCCCACUCUGGACAGGAUCCUCGCGGUCACGCCAGUGGAGGAGUGGGACGACCCCUCGGAGGAGAGCCCGCUCUACGUCAUCAAGCUGCUCUCGGAGACCUACGGGCCUGGCAAGGCCACCAAGAUGAGGUUCUCCGACUUCGCCUACAUCAAGAACCAGUGCCUCCCCGCUGACGCCGGAGAGGUCGAGGACCCCUUCGUUACCGAGGAGGACUUCCAGCUGAUGAUGUCAGGCAAGCUUCCUCUGCAGAUCCCGGGCCCGGCGGGCUGGUGGGACGCUGGCUUCACGAUCAACUUCCAGGGCCCCGAGCGCUUCUCUGGCGACCAGAUCCAGACCGCCGUCCGGGACAGCGCCUUCAGCCAGCAGUUCCUGGACAACCUGGCCUUCUACCGCCAGGGCCUGAAGCCGUGGCAGCGCGGGCUGGAGAUCGGCAUGGCCCACGGCUACUUCAUCAUCGGGCCCUUCGUGUCCCUCGGCCCGCUGCGCAACACGCCGGAGGCUGCCACGGUCGGCAUGCUCUCUGGCAUCGCCGUCAUCAUCAUCGCGAGCUGCGGUGGCCUGCUUCUCGGGACCACCCUCAAGCCGACCCUUUUCGACAAGCCUGGCGACAAGCCCGCGGCGGGAUUCCAGGAGAUGAUGAUCUGGCACAUCUCCUGAACGACGGGGGCACCCUGGGCCCGGGACGCCUUUGGCACCCCCUGGACGUCCUGCUCACGCUCUUCGCCCUCUGAGGGGGCGUUCUCUUCCCAAGGAUUUUUUGCUUCGCAGGGCCGCCGCUGCCCGUCUCCGCUCAGGCUUUUCGUCUAUCUGUUUCCCCCUCGUCUGCUCCGCGUCUCCUCGUCGUCUGCUGCUUGUGCUCCACCUGGGCCUCUCCUCUCUCCCGAUUGGCCCCUCUCGCUUGCCAGCAGACCUGCUGGGAGCGCACGAGGUGCUUCCUGGCCUGUCGCUGCCAUGCACCCUCGACCGCUGCGGUCUGCCCUCCUCUCUGGAGGCGCCGCUGUCGUCGGGUGCCCCUUGCCCGUGCCCUGACCUCUCUCUGCGGCGGGAUCCCCCUGUUUACCACCACCAUCA